AAAUGAAGAAAUUAUUAUCGGAGUAAGUGCUCAGACGAAAAUCAUCAUUUAUUCCUUAAGAUGACCUUUUUGACCUCUCCUAUUCGACAAAUUUGCUAGAUAUUUUGGAUUGAUCCCGUCGUCUCGUUUGAGCCAGGAGGAUCCGUCCCGUCCUCCAAGAAGUUUAGGAUCAGUGAGAGUGUAUGCAUAACGUGGAUUACCGCAUUGUCUGGAAAGCGGAACAGCUAGUCAGCUGUGUCAAAGGAGGAGUUCCAUUAUAAAUAUCUGACUUGUAAGAAAGAGACGAGAGUCAUGUUGAGUCUAAGAGUGAUAGGGCUUCUUGUGAUCGCGACUUCUGUCACCUCCCGUGUAUACCCAACGUCGUUAGGCGGCGAGAGGGACCUGGAGGCGGCAGGGUCACAUCACCAUUUUGAAAAAGGUGGAGGAGAGAAAUUCCACAAGGACCAUUAUGAAAGCGGAGGAGAAAAAGGGGAUAAGGGUUACGUGAGCAAACACCACUUUGACAAGGGCGAGGCGGGGAAGCACGGCAAAGACCACGACAGUGGAUUUUACCAAGACCAUUCCGGGCACCACAAGAAGUUCCACGACGCCGGAGACGAAUACCAUUCCCACCACAAAGGGGAGAAAGGCCACAAAGCGGCCAAAUACGGAAAGAAAGGCGGACACAAAAAGGGGCAUAAGACGAAAGGCUAUCACAACAAAUUCCACAAAGACGAGUACCACAAAGAGCACAAGUUUUACGACGACUACCACAAGGGCGGACAUCACAGCAAACAUGGAGAUUUCCACGGUGCUCACGGAAAGAAAGAAGGACACCACAAGAAGGGAGACCACCACAAAUCCGCCUAUCACGACGAUCACCACGGCAAGAAGGGCCAUCACGAUAAAGGGCAUUACGAAAACGAACACAAAGGGCACAAGGGACAUCACGGCCACGAAUCGCACCACGCACACAAAGAACAUUAUGGAAAGAAAAGCGGACACAAGGGAGGCAAGAAGUUUGGAUACUCCAAAGGACAUCACCACUAAACAAAUGAACAAGAGGUUAUAACGUUGAAUGUUGUUAUUUAUU